GCGGGAGAAGAGGGCGAGGGGCGCGGGGCUCGGCUGGCGCGGAGCGGCGGGGCCGUCAUGGAGGGGCCCCCCGCCCCCUCGGUGAGCGCCUGCCUGCGGGACUGGGACGACCUGCAGGAGGACUUCCAGAGCAUCCAGGAGACCCACCGAGAGUACCGUCUGCAGCUCGAGGCCCUGACCAAGCUGCAGAGUAACUGCUCUACCUCCAUUGCCCGGCAGAAGAAGAAGCUCAAAGAGCUAGCCUUGACUCUGAAGAAAUGCAAAGCUUCCAUUCCAUCCGACAAGGAGGAGAUGCUGCAAGAGAUUGAGAAUCUUAUCAAAGAGCGACAGGGGAUCUUCUUUGACAUGGAGGCUUAUUUGCCCAAGAAAAAUGGGAUCUACCUGAGUCUCGUCCUGGGAAGCGUCAACGUCACCCUCCUCAGCAAGCAGGCUAAGUUUGCCUACAAGGACGAGUAUGAGAAGUUUAAGCUUUAUCUCACCAUCAUCCUCAUCAUCAUCUCCUUCACCUGCCGCUUCCUCCUCAAUUCUAGGGUGACAGAUGCAACUUUCAACUUCCUGUUGGUGUGGUACUACUGCACGCUGACCAUCCGGGAAAGCAUCCUCAUCAACAACGGGUCCCGGAUCAAAGGCUGGUGGGUAUUUCAUCACUACAUCUCCACCUUCCUGUCCGGAGUCAUGCUGACAUGGCCUGAUGGACUCAUGUACCAAAAGUUUCGAAACCAGUUCCUGUCCUUUUCUAUGUACCAGAGCUUUGUACAGUUCCUCCAAUACUACUACCAGAGCGGCUGCCUGUACCGCCUGCGGGCCCUAGGCGAGAGGCACAACAUGGACCUCACUGUGGAGGGCUUCCAGUCCUGGAUGUGGAGGGGUCUCACCUUCCUUCUCCCCUUCCUCUUCUUUGGCCACUUUUGGCAACUGUUUAAUGCCGUGACCCUGUUCCAGCUGGCCCGGGAGCCCCAGUGUAAGGAGUGGCAGGUGCUCAUGUGCGGCCUCCCUUUCCUGUUGCUCUUCCUCGGUAACUUCUUCACUACUCUCAGGGUGGUUCACCAGAAAUUCCACAGCCAACACGGAAACAAGAAGGACUGAUGCCGUGGCCAGACGCGGGACGGGCUCUGCCCCAAUCCCUUGGCCUUGUCUUGAGCUGAGACCAUGGCAGCCGCCACCUUCUCUCCUUGUCCAGAAAAGUCAGUGACUGGCUGAGCCCCAGAGGAGCUCUCCUUCCUCCACCCCACCCCCAGUCACCUGCCCGAGCCAGUGGGCCACAGGGACGAUGGAUUGUUGGGUAAGGGCAGGUACCCUACCUGGACUGGGGCCUUCUGCCUGUAGCCAGCUCCUGCUCCCUCAGUUAACCCUGCACUUGUGGGGUCCAAGAAAAAAUCCUCCUAUUUCCCCUGGUUCCUCUUGUUCUAACCCCCCUCCUCAUACCCUCAGGCCUUUUGUGAGCCUCGGUGCUGAAGCUAUGGCAGUGAGAAGCGUGGCCAUAAUAAAGGGAUUGGCGGGGGCUGGA